AUGAGCAAGCAAAAACUCGAGAAGCCCCAGACACGUCACGUUCCAACACACUGCCGCGGCUCUGCCGAUGCACUCUUCCGUGGACGUGCACGGCGCCCCCGGGCUGCGGGAGCCGCAGGCGGGGGCGGGGAGCGAGGGGAGGUGCCGGGGUCGGGGGUGGGGGAGCGGCGGCUACAACAGCAUCACCGUGGGGACAGCCAGCUCGCCUCGCCCCCCUCAGCUGGACGUCCAGCACCCUCCCCUGAAGGGCAGGGAGUAGAGGGGCCCCCUGAUGCUGGAUGCCGAGGCCGGAGAGGAAGCCGGGGCUCGGGGGUUCCCGGACCCGCCUUCCCUCGAAGCCAGCCUCCCGGGGACCGGCCGGGCCGAGGCGCAGGUGGCGGCGCGGCCCGCCCGUCCCCGGAGGGGCCGGUUCCCGCUGCCCCCGCCCGCGGGCCCGCGCCCGGUUCGGCGGCCUUGCCUCCGUUAGCCGCCUCCCGCGGGUCCCUGCCGGCCGGCCGCCCGCCCGGCCGGCCCCCGCCCGGCCGCCAGCCCGCGGCCCCGGCUCGCCUCACCUCCGACCGGAGGGCCCUGUCCGCUCCGCUAGGAGGGGCCUGUCCGCUCCGCCAGGGCACCGCUGAAGGUCUUCUUCGGACCAACGCCGUCCGCGCCUGCGCGGCCCCACGCCCGCGGCGCCUGCGCGCCCCGAGCCCCGAACCCCGCGCCGCGGCUGCGCCGGAGAGUCGCGCCGGGGGCGCGCGCCGCGAGCCCGAGGCGGCCCAACACCUCCAACUGUCCGAGUGCGCGCGCGCGCCGCGUAGGGCGGCGCGCGGGGGCAGACGGGGUGGAUGUGAGCGCGCAGGCGCAGGGCCCGCGCCUUUAUCCCCUGAGGGGCCCGCUCUCGCGAGAAGGCGCGGAGCCCACUGGCGACCCUUGCCCGCGGAGAGGUCGCCCCCUGCCGCGUCUUUCUCCAGCGGACGCUUGAGAGACCUGUGA